AUGAAAGAUACUCUUCGCAAAAAACCCAAAGCUGAGUCCAACGGCGAGGUUGAUGUCAAUGCCCAGUCGUCCGAGUCACCAUCUUCCAAUCCCGGGUCCAGCGAGGCAUCAUCCACUGUCAAUGCUGAGGCAGUCUCUCGCCAGGUAUCGAAAGCUUCGAGAAGCUCCCGAGCCUCUUCUCUUAGCCAGGGCGUGAUUCCACCAGUAAUUGAAGAAACCCCUCCUUCACCUUCACCGGCAACACAAUAUCUAGGUGUUUCGGCUGCAGGAAAUGAUAAUGGCACCGAGGGGCCAGUGAAACCACAUCGUCGAAGGAAGACAAUCACGAAAACCCCCCAUACUUUCGAACUGGAAGUCGACCUCAACCCUGCUAAGGCAAAUGAACAACCACCUGUACCAGCCAUGGAAUUACCAAAACCAGAAACUCCAAUUGUCAAAAAGAAGAAGCGCGUAUCUCAACCACUUCCGCCAGAUGGCAGCUCCCCCAGCCCGAACGCUGUCAAUGCGGCAGCAUCAGUUCAGGAACCAUCUCUGCCAACAUCACCAAAGUCUACCUUCACGGUCUCCGCCGCCUCGUCACCGUCUGCUCGAGUACGGUCACCGCCUCCUGCUACCACUAUGUCUCCGUCUUCGCCGAAACCAGCUGACUUGUCUGUGACUCCGGCCAAUCCUUUCACGAGCCAUCGGCCUAAGAAAUCCGUAUCUUCCUCCACUCCUCCAGUCGCCGCAUCGAAUCCAUGUCGUUUCACGCCGCCUCCCCUUCCAAGUGAAUCUUUCCAUGGCAAAGUUGUCGUUGUCACUAACGGAGCCAGCCUGACCAGUCAAGCUUUAAUUCGCCAACUGCACGCCGCUGGAGGUCGAGUGAUAUUUGGCGAUACCAGCAUCGACCGAUCCCUCAAGUUUAUCUCCGCCCUGGGGCCUCCCCAUGUUGUACACUUCAACAAAUGCGACAUGACCAAGUAUUCGGACAUCUUGGACUUGUUCAAACUCGCCACGACAAUGUACGGCCGUGUGGAUCAUGCCGUCUUUGGCAUUGGCGAUGACGGCGGUCAUACUUGUACCGUCGGAGAGGGCGAGAAGGGUUGGUUUGAAGACCGCACAGGCUUCAAUAAGACUCCUCGAAUGGCUUAUGCUGAGGUCGAGACAGAGCCAUCCGGAUUGGGCGACAUCAUGACUGCUAGCGUUCGUUUUGCGCGGAUUGCGCUGACAUAUCUGAAAUACUCGCCACGAACGAAAGCAAAGAAAGCAAUCGUGAACCCUUACUCGUCACCGCAGCCUGACUCGACGGCGUUCGAUCCUGGAAAAGGUGAUCGGAGCCUGACCUUCGUCACGAGCACAGCUGCCUUCAAGGAUACACCGCUUCUCCCUAUCCAUCAAGUCACACAACACUCCAUACUAGGACUGGUCCGCAGCUUACGCACGACCGUCGACCCCGACCAUGAGAGGGACGGUGUGCGGAUCAAUGCCGUUGUCACGAAUAUUAUGGUACCUCGCGCCAUUGCACAGUCUGGCGGCCGUAUGUCUGUCCAACUCCCUGCAGACCGGCCCGAAGAUAUCGCUAGGGUGAUCAUGGGUGUGGUAGCGACGAAUUCCUUUACAUCCAUGCCCACCGUGGGGGGUAGUGAUACGGGUGCCACGAAUGCCGGUGGGAUUUGGUACGAAAAAGGCUACGAAAGGGGCAUUCGCGAACGAUAUCUUCACGGCCGCGUGAUUUACAGUGUUGGCGUCGACGGCUGGGAUAUUCAAGAAGGCCUGGAUCGAAGUGAAGCUGCAUGGAUGGGCGCAAGGCCUAGUGAAGCAUUAGCAAGAGCGAUGAGUGGCUUGAAUGUGACACCGCGGCCGGGGGCAAGUGUUGGCGCCGGUGAGGGCGCGACUUGGAUUUUGGAUCUACCUUGA